AUGGCGUCCACCGAGCCUCAGUCAACCUUGGAUGCCGUCCCCGAACCGCAAUCCACUGCUGCCCCGGCUCCCACCACCACCACACCCACCACACCCCUCCCAACCUCCAUCGUCAUUCUCGGCGGCAACCUCGCCGGCCUGGGCGUGCUACACAACCUCGCCCGACACACUAUCCCCGCCCUCCAGCGCCUUCCGUCUCAGCCGCAAUACAAAAUCACCCUCAUAACCCCCAACAACCACUUCUUCUUCAAGCCCGCCUCGCCUCGCGCGCUGAUCCAUCCUGACCUCUUGCCGGGAGGAGAGAAGCAGAUCUUUAGGGACUUGUCCGACGCUGUGAAGCAAUAUGGCGAACUGGUAACCGUAGUGAAAGCCUACGCCACCGACGUGGACACGUCCAAGAAAGAGGUUACGAUCAAGCACGUGCACACGAAUUCACCAUCCGACUCUGAAGGAACCUCCGCGGUCCGCUAUGAUGUUCUGGUCAUCGCCACGGGAACCAAAGCGCGCUCGGCGCUGUGGACCAUGCCCGGCCAGGGAACGGAGGGGUUGCACGCGGCGGAAGAUGCGACCAAGCGCGAGUGGGAACGGUUCAGGACCAAGUUGAAGAACUUGCAGGCCGGCACGCAUCCGCACCACUCCAUCCUGAUCGCAGGCGGCGGACCAGUGGGCGUAGAAACCACUGGAGAGAUUGCCACUCUACUAAAAGCCAUGGGAAAAACGGAGGGUGUCACCAUCACCUUGCUUUCCGGCUCUGAUCGCCUGCUCAAUCGCAACUGCAACGAGAGCUUGGGCCGCAAAGCAGAAGCAUACCUUAAGAAGAACUUUGGCUCCUUGGUGGAAGUGAAGCACGGCAUCAAGGUUGUUUCUGUCUCCGACUCUGUUAUUCCGGGAGAAGGAGGAGUGGAGCAACAUGAGACCACGGUGGAACUCAGCGACGGCACCACCCGCACCGUAGGCUUGUACAUCGACGCCACGGGCGGUUCAGGAAACGCCGACGGCUUCUUGCCCCUUACCUGGCUCGACGCUUCUUCGCGCGUCAUCACCAAAGAUGACUUCUUUCGCGUACGCGGCAGCGGCAGUUCGGAGGAAACCGAUCAUCAGGCAAACGGCAUCUAUGCCGUAGGCGACGUCGUCUCUGGAAGCGAUAACACGCUCAUCUCAACCAACUUUCAGGUCCCCGUCGUUUGCUCUAGCAUUGGGGUUGACCUUGCUACCAAAAUCCUCCAUCCUGAAGGUGGUGAGAGUCAGUCUAGUGGUGUCAAGUUACCUGCCGCCCUCAAGCAAAAGACGUUCAAGAACAAGAUGGCUGGAACGCUGUUGGUGCCCAUUGGCCCCGGUGGAGGCGUCGGACAGAUUCUAGGGUGGGGGGUGCCAAGCUUGAUGGUGAAGACUGCAAAGGCCAAGAACUUCUUGGUUGAUAUGAUUGAGCCGGCUGUUACAGGGAGUCAGUGGAAGUAGGGUUU